AUGGAUUAUUACAGCUUGCCCUUUUGCGCUCCUAAAGAAAUUGUGUCGAAACCUCAAUCCACCAGCGAGAUCAUCCGUGGCGAAGAAGGCAAAAGUUCGCUGUACAAAGUCAAUGUUUUAGUUAACAUCAAAUGCACUUUUUUGCCUGACUGUGACACUGCUCGUAAUGCUGAAGAUCUUAAAAUGAAUAUGAAGUCACUUAUCGAUGCAGUUGAACAAGGGUAUCGAGGAUACAUGAAGCUUGAUGAUCUAUAUCUCAUCAACAACGGUACCACACCACAAUUUGAACUAUGUACUCGUGAACCGAAGUUUAAUGACAAUUUUCCCCAAUGGGGCUAUGCUUUAGGAGUGUCUAAAUUUUGCACCGGGCUGGAAACCCUUAUUAAUAAUCAUCUCCAUUUUGUUAUUUACUACAAGCUGCGAAGCAAACCUCGCGAGUUUGAUGGUCACGGUAAAGAAAUCAAAAAAUACAUGAUAAUGGGUGUCAAUGUCGUCCCCUACAGUAUAAAGCGGUCAAAUCAGAAUACAUGCGAUAAAAAUUUUAUACUAAAAAAUGAUUUAUUACGUUCACCUAUUGUUGAGGAUUUUACAGAUCCUUUCUGGUCUUACAGUGUGGAAUGGCUACCGUUUGAUUAUUGGGUUUCCCAUUGGAAUGCCUAUACUCGAAGCUCUUUGCUACGUACCUCGAUUCGCACUCAAUUGUUUUACAUCGGUGCGAGCUUGGUGUUAAUACUAGGACUUUGCGCCUUUAUGGCGAUCAAUUUUCUCAGGGUACUACGCCGAGAUAUUGUGCGGUACAACAAUAUACCCUUUGAGGUGUUGCAGGAAGAAAUGGGCUGGUGGCUUGUGCACGCGGACAUCUGCCGGCCGCCAGAGCGGGCGAGUUUAUUAAGCAUCAUGGUAGGGGGUGGUUAUCAAGUGUUGUUCACACUGGCGGCCGUGAUACUAUCCUACUUGCUUGGAGCCAUUCCGCUUCUUAGGAAGAAUUCAAUGUUAUUUUCAAUUCUAUUUUUCUUGCCCAUCAUGUCCCUUGUUGGUGGCUAUGCGUGUAGCUUGCUCUUGGUGUAUUUGAAUAGGAAAGCAUGGAGACAUAUUUUUCUACUUGGGAGCGGGGCUCCUGUACUGAUGCUAGCUAUCUGCAUGGUGAGGAGUUAUUUAUCGAGUCGCUUGAACUCGUCUAUCGCAGAUUCUUCUAUAAACAUAUAUUUUUUUCUUUUUUUUUUCGCAUUUAACCUGUUCCUCACCAUUUUAGGGGCUUUCUUUGCGUUCAAUAGAGGCCCCCUAAAGAACCCAACUGGUUUUAGUCGCCUUGAACGUGAAAUUCCCAGACAGCCGUUCAUGAACCGUCGACUUAUGCUAUACACAUUGUCACCAACCCUUCCGUUUUUAAGUAUUAUCCUGGAGCUUCACUACCUCAUGUCCGCAAUUUGGGUAGGACAAAUAAAUUAUGCCUUUAGUCUUUUAGCGUUUGCAAGUCUAGGUUGGGUUCUUGUAUGUGCCUUCGUAACGGUAUUUCAGCUCUACAACCUUUUGUAUCAUGAGAACCAUCGUUGGUGGUGGUCCGCGUUUAUGAUCCCUGGUUGCAUGGGGUUGCAUAUGUUCGUGUACUCCAUUUUUCUAUGUGCGAAGCUUCACAUUAAAGGAUUUUUACCUAUGCUUCUAUUUUUUUUGUACAUGGGUAUGGUAUCGAUUGUGUAUGGCCUUGCAUCUGGAGCAAUUGGUGUCACUGCCGGCGUUUUUUUUAUGCGAAAAAUAUACGGAAACAUUUCAAUGAAAUGA